AUGAAUGAGACAGAAAACAGUGCCGAAGCCAGAGAUGCAAACUCCGCUGAUGACAAGGCUGCUGCUGAUGAUAACGGUGAAGUGUCAACUCAGCCAGCUUCUCUGCCUUCUCUAAAUACUACUGAAGAGAUUCAAGUGGCGGCUGAACAAGUGGUUGCAGCUUCUAAAGAGGAGGAGGAAGAGGCGAAAAAAGGAGAACAAGUGAAAGGUGGUGCUGAUCAGAUAUCAAAAGCAGAUUCUGAAACUGAUCAGAUGCCAGCAGAGGCAGAUAAUUCUGAAGCUGAUAACACUCCAUUACCAUCAUCAGAUGAUGCAGAGAUGGUAAUGACCACAACAGGUGAUGAUAAUGGCAAUGGUAAUGAUACUGGCGGGAAAGAGGAAUCGGAGAACUUGGAAAGUGCCUCACAAAAUAACGGUGAUAUGUCAAAUGGAGGUACUUUGGAGGAGGAGGAGGAUUCUUCUGCUGAUAAUGGUUCGACUUCAGAGACCGAAAAUGUCGCCGUCGCCGCCACAACUGCUGCUUCAUCUGCUUCAUCUUCCCUUGAGCCAAAUGUGUUCCCCUCCACUUCAGCAGACUUUGCAAUCCUCCCCGAGGUGGUGACCACUGAUGAGAACACCAACAACAACACCGAGGAACUUCAAACUGAGAAA